GCAGCCCGGUCCGCCGCGGGUGCGUGUGGAGGAGAGGCCCAGGUGAGGAGCCAGCGCCCGCGUUCCGGAAGCCCCCUCCCGGGGCCAUGGGGGCACAGGUGAGGCUGCCGCCUGGAGAGCCCUGCCAAGAAGGAUAUGUGCUGUCUCUGGUCUGUCCAAACUCCUUCCAGGCUUGGUGUGAGAUCACAAAUGUUUCACAGCUGCUGGCUUCUCCUGUGCUCUACACGGACCUGAAUUCCAGCAUAAACAACUUGAGCAUUUCAGCAAAUGUAGAAAACAAAUACAGUCUUUAUGUGGGCUUGGUACUGGCAGUAAGUUCAAGUAUUUUUAUUGGCUCCAGCUUCAUCCUGAAAAAGAAGGGCCUCUUGCAACUGGCCAGCAAGGGUGUUACUAGAGCUGGACAAGGUGGACAUUCUUACCUGAAGGAAUGGCUCUGGUGGGUAGGAUUGCUGUCAAUGGGAGCAGGAGAAGCUGCAAAUUUUGCUGCUUAUGCUUUUGCACCUGCCACCUUGGUCACCCCUCUGGGUGCUCUGAGUGUUCUUAUAAGUGCAAUAUUAUCUUCCUACUUUUUAAACGAACACUUGAACAUUCAUGGGAAAAUAGGCUGCAUAUUAAGUAUAUUGGGGUCAACUGUGAUGGUUAUCCAUGCCCCACAAGAAGAGGAAGUCACAUCUUUGCAUGAAAUGGAAAUGAAAUUGAGAGACCCAGGGUUUAUUUCUUUUGCUGUGAUCGUAACUGUGAUCUCCUUGGUGCUGAUUUUGAUUGUGGCUCCAAAGAAAGGACAGACCAAUAUAUUGGUUUAUAUUUCAAUCUGUUCCUUGAUUGGAGCGUUUUCAGUUUCUUCUGUCAAAGGCCUGGGAAUUGCCAUUAAGGAGCUGAUAGAAUGGAAGCCAGUUUACAAACAUCCUCUGGUCUUUGUUUUGCUGGCUGUACUUGUGCUUUCAGUAACUACACAGAUUAACUAUCUCAACAAGGCACUGGACACCUUUAAUACCUCUCUUGUGACACCCAUUUAUUAUGUAUUCUUCACAUCCAUGGUAGUCACUUGCUCUGCCGUCUUAUUCCAAGAGUGGUAUGGCAUGACAGCUGGAGACAUCAUUGGGACCCUGAGUGGAUUCUUCACUAUUAUCAUUGGCAUCUUCCUUCUACAUGCUUUUAAAAAUACUGACAUUACUUGGAGUGAGCUUACAUCCACUGCUAAGAAAGAAGCCAUCUCUCUGAAUGUCAGUGAAAACAAUUAUGUUUUACUAGAGAACUUGGAGUGUUCAGCCCCGGGAUACAAUGAUGACGUUACCUUGUUUAGUAGAACUGAUGACUGAAGUCUCUAGAAACACUGAGUUUUAACCAAUAUGAGACACACGAAGAGGAAAAUGAAUGCUUGCUUCCUGGAAGAAAUGCUAGGAAAGUUAGCAUUUUUACAGUUCUAACUAAUUUAGAUGUGAGGCCAAGUAAAAAUGCCCUUUUUUUGGCAGUCGAAUUUGCAAAUCAAAUUGAUUAUCCUCCAGAAGACUUCUGCUGCUUUUCAUUUCUACGAACUUUGAAAUACUCUCUAAGGAUCAAAGAAGUCAAAGUGCUAUGUGUGUCUCAGAAUAAUCUCCUUCUUCUGGUCACAAUAUCUUUGUCUCUGCCAGGUGGCUCUUCAUUUCUUUGGUGGCUAUUUUUAGACUCACAGUCAUUCACUAAUAUAAAGUUAGCAGUGUUCUGACAGACACAGUAUCAGUCAUAUUCUCCGUUGAGUCAUAAUUUCAAAUCAUUAAAACUAAGAAGAGAGGCCAGGUAUGGUGGUUCACACCUGUAAUCCUAGCACUUUGGGAGGCCAAGGCGGGCAGAUCACUUGAGCUCAGGAGUUUGAGACCACCCUGGGCCACAAGGCGAGACCCUGUCUCUACAAAAAAUACAAAAAUUAGUCAGGCAUGGUGGCACAUGCCUAUAGUCCCAACCACUUGAGGCUGAAGUGGGAGGAUCGCUUGAGUCUGCAAGGUUGGGGCUGCCAUGAGCCCAGGUUGCGCUACUGCGCUCCAGCCUGGGUGACAAAGUAAGACCCUGUCUCAAAAAAGAAGAAAAAGUGCAAGGGGCUUUUGCUUUAAAAAACUUUUUUUUAAAUUGAGAAGUGAGAUCACAGGUGCUUUGUUCUUCCUUCUGCACCUUCCUUCUUAAACUAGAUAAUUAAUGAGUUAUUUUAAGAAAAAAGAAAUUUUAAAAAAAAAGCCUGCUUUAUUUGUUAGUGGGCUAGAAUACACAAGACACAGCCACUCAUAAAGAGUUUAUGAAUUGUGACUCACCGACAUACCAUAGGAAUUUACUACCAGUUAAAGAGGGAGAACGUAGGAAAAGUACUUCACAUAAAGGAAAACGUUUUCUUCUCACAAAAACACAGACGUGUGAUUGUUUUCACAGUUUCCAUUAAUUAACUCAGGUCUGGAAGACACAGGACAAAAGGGAGUUUCUGAAGAAGUCCGGGUGAAUUCAGCUUUGGAGUCACUUAUGUUCAUUUUUUUUUUUUUCCUUUCUUUUAGUAUUAUCCUAAAGGUUAUUUUUCUUGUUGAUAUAGAGAUUUUUGUAAAAGAUUGCUACAUUAUUCAGGAUUGUAUCCUACACUUCAAUUUCUCGCAAAUGUUUUAACCCUAAAGAGUGGGUUUUCCACAGACUGGAAGCAACUAGAAAAAUCUUUGUGAAAAAUCUGAACAAAUUAUCACAAGGGCUCUCUUGAAAUUUUGCACUUUCACCCUUAUUAAGGAAAUUAUAGUUAGUUACUAACCUUUAAAAAUAGGUAUAUUCUAAUAGGAUAGAAAGUUAACUUCCUGGCAAACAAAAUACUAAGAUCUCAGGGGCUACUGCAGGAAAAUACCUUUUUUGCACAUUAAAACGUUUAUAAAAUUUUCCUCUCUCAUUUCAAAUGCAUGGCAGGAAUAACAUUUUUGGUAGUCUUUAAUGUAAUGGACAGAUUUUCUGUCACAUUGAUUUUAUGGAAAAUAUAUUGGCUAUCUUAUUUUUAUACUAAUCUUAUUUUUCUCAAAACAAAAAUCCUAACCAAAAAGUUGUCGUUAAAAAAAAAAAAAAAAAAAAAGGCAGGUUGACUGAAUGUUUUUCUGCUCUAACCUUAAAUGUUAUUAGGUUUGGUUUUUGUUUCUAAGCUAGUUCAAGACUACCCAAGGUAAUAAUGGUAAACUUUAUUAUUCGGAAUUCAAUUAAACUGACUUCGGCAUUUCCGCAGUUCUGUUAAACAAUGACUGAUGUUCACAAUGACAACCUACCUGAGAUGGCUGCAAGGCCCUAAUGUUCCAUUAUCCAUUAUAGUCUUUUCAGCAUAGUUUAGUGUUGAGUGCAAUUCUAAUGCAUUCUACGUUUUUGAAAAUCAAUAAUCCAUGGAAGGUCCAUGGGUUGAUACCUCAGGUCAUAUACGUGUUUACUCUGUUGACUGCUGUUUCACUUUACUUGUAUAUCAGAUAUAUAAGCUAUGAACACAAGUUUGUAGGAAAAGUAUCUUCUGGCUAGGCAGUGGCUCACACCUGUAAUUCCAACCCUAUGCGGGGCUCAGGUGGGAGGAUUUCUAAUCGCCAGGAGUUUGAGACCAGUCUGGGCAACAAAGCUAGACCCCACCUCUCUAAAAAAUGUAAAAAAUACCAGGAGGCUGAAUCAGGAGGAUCAUUUGAGCUUAGGAGUUCAAGGCUUCAGUAAGUUAUGAUUGCACCGCUGCAUUCUAGCCUAGGUGACAGAUUGAGACCCUGCCCCAGAAUAGUAUCUUCUGAUAAAGUGGCAUUUGAAACUUGCAGAAAUUUUAAUAUUCUUUUAAUAUUAAGAACGUUAUUGAUCUCUCUAGGACACCUUCUUGGUGAGGAAAUCAAUGGCAUUUUUCUUGACAUCCAACCUGGGACUCUGGUGAUUCUCUGUUCUGGUGAAUUCAAGUUUCAGACAUUUCUUUGUGUCACCUUUUACAAACUGUUUGCCCUUGGUACGUUAUGAGCAGGUCAAAGGUUCCCAAACACAAGGUUCAUUGUGUACCCUGGACAGGAAAUUGAACUGGUGUUGACAUGUAUGCAUGCCCAGGAGGAAGACUGGGAAAUAUUUAAUGAGUUGAAGUAUGCUGAGAAACAAUGAAAUAUUUGAAAACUGUCUACAUAAAAGUUACUGAUGCAUUUUUAAAAAUGCAUUUAAAAAAACCAAACUAUUAUUGCAAAUCUAACACUAAAAAAUUUUUGGCUGGGUGCAGUGGCUCACACCUGUAAUCCCAGCACUUUGCGAGGCUGAGGCGGGUAGAUCAUCAGGUCAGGAGUUCAAGACCAGCCUGGCCAAAAUGGUGAAACCCUGUUUCUACCAAAAAUACAAAAGUCAGCCAGGUAUGGUGCCAGGUGCCUAUAAUCCCAGCUACUCUGGAGGCUGAGACAGAGAAUUGCUUGAACCCAGGAGGGGCAGGUUGCAGUGAGCCAAUAUUUCACCACCGCACUCCAGCCUGGGUGACAGCAAGACUCCAUCUCAAAAAAAAAAAGAAAUCCCAAAUGGGAAGAUACUGUCUAAGGUAGAAUAAAAUGUUGGAUCCCUAUGUUCAGACUAUUAGUCUUAACUGGUAGUUUAUGUAUAUAUUUAAUACUUUGUCAUCAUGUAUAUAUCUUAAAAUUUCUUAUGCAAAUAUCUGCAUGUGUGUUGUUAAGGAUUACAAAGUUGUGCUCACACAGGACAAAUGGAAAGAUUUUCCUACUUCUGUAAAUAUAAGUUUCAUUAUACUUUUGUUUUACAAUUUUAUUCUUAGGUCAAUGGUUAUUUAUUAUAAGUUCAGAUUCUACAAUUUUCCUAAGACCCUUUAGAUUUAGCACAUGAAAUUAACACAUUUUAAAGUAUUAAAUAUAUGGAAAGGAUCUGGCAUUAUGCUUGAUAAUAGGCACUUAGUAAAAUUUACUUUUCUUUGAAUCAGCAUUUGAAUUCUUACAGUCUUGUCACUAGAGACUUAAGGACCAUUGAGUGCUGAUUUUUAUACAUUCAUCAUUUCUCAAUUUGCCACAUUAUCUCAUUUUAAAUAAUGCGAGUGAAAGUGAAUUCAUCGUACUAUCUCAACGCCAAUACAAAAGUAUUCCAACAAAAAUAUUUUUCUUAAUAAAACCAGAAAAACUGAACUAAAUGCUAUUUUCUUCUUCCAACAAAGCUUUGCAGAAAAACAUGAAUAUAUGAAAUAUUCUCAAAUAUUUUGAAUAAACUGUUCAUGAAGUCUUAUAUUUUGCAAGUGUUUAUACUGUUCAUUUUAGAAAGUUUAUAAAUCUUAAAUGUUUGUAUAUUUUUCAUUUGCAAUAAAAUGUGAUUUAAUUAU